UCCCCAACCUGACUGUAGAUUUUGGCAAGCACAUUGCCCUGGCUUUCCAUGUCUAACUUCUAAGCAGGAGCAGAUAGAAAACCUGGUCGCAGUACUGUGGUCACAAGGACUUUUUAGUGUUAGCAGCUGUGAUGCUCAAGGAGACAGGAAGGCGUCCAAGGAGGAAGAGACACUUUCUGAGAACAACCACAGCAAGCUGCAAGGGCCACUUCUGUGCCAAAAUUCCUUUCUUCUGGUAGAGUCGUUCUUAACCAUUUGUUUGUUUGUUUCCAGCCUGUGGGGGGGAAGGGUAUCCGUCCUUUGCUCUCAUUUUCUGUCUGUUGGAAUGCGAGUACGGCUGUGGCAUGAUCUGAAACUUCUUUACCUGCGGCUGUGUGACCGGGUGAUGCCCAGGAAGAAAGACUAUAAGCAAUAAGUUUGCUGAAUUACUCUCUCACAAUGGCGGAGAGGUCACAUGGAUCCGGCAACUCCCAAGGAGGCCAAGAAAAGAGCAGGAGAGAGAUCCUGAGGUCCACCAAGAGGGCGUGGGCUCCCCUGGAUGAGCAGCUGCCUCCUGGCUCUGGGGAGGAAAGCCAGAGUGUCACCAUCCCCAUGCUGGAAGAUUCCAAACAAGCAACUAUUCAGCAGUGGCUGGACUCUGGAUUCUUGGUCUCUGUAAACGAAAACUUUCAGCAAGUCAUCGACCACACUGUUUCUUUGCAUGAACAAGGAAUGGUGCACAUGACUGUGAAGGACCACAUGAGAUCUCUGCAUCCGUUUUCAGAAACUCCCACCCUUUCCAGAGGGACCAGUUUCAACUCUGGCUAUUCUGCUGCAAGUAUACCACAAAGCAUUCCUGAAUGGCUGGAAUUUUGGGAAAAAGAUCCAGUGGAGAUUCUCUUGGAUCUGGGAUUUGGUGCAGAUGAGCCGGACAUCUGCACACAAAUCCCAGCCAGAUUCCUGGCUUGUGGCUCAGCCGCCAGAGGAAUCAACAUCCGGGUUUUUCUUGAAGCUCAAAAGCAGAGAAUGGACCUUGAGAAUCCUGACUUGUACGGUCGUUUCCGACAGCUGGAGAUCCUGGACCACGUAGCCAACGCCUUCUCAUCUUUGCUGAAUAAUGUUAACAUCCUGCAGAACAAAGCUGAAGAGGAAGAUGGAGGGGAAAAUGUGCAAAGAACCUUGGUGAGUGAAGCCAAAGAACAUCGAAGAAGAAUGGGUGAGCUUUUCAAGAAAGCUUCAACGCAGAGCAUUAGGAGAGAUUGCAGCCCGGAAGCGUCAGAGUCACUGGAGAUGAGGGGCAAAUUUUCCAUCACCUGUGCAAAAUCAGGAGAGUAUGCAGCAGAGCUACCAGUUGUGACAAACAACCUUGGCCAAAGUCAUUUGUCUCCUUCAUCAGAACACUCGUCUCUCCAAGCCUGUGAUGAUUUGGAACCUUGUCAUUCUCCCCGAGCUCUUCUGAGCAAGCAAUGGCCUCGCUCAUCCACACUGGCCAAGAAGGCUCCUCUUUCCUCUAUGUCUGAGGGGUCAGUCAAGGACAGAACUCAAAAGGUGAACUCUAUUCAAACUAACAAGCUCAAGAGCUUGUCUCGUCUUGCAAGUGAAGCACCAGACUCCUUUGAAAUGGAAGAGGUCCAGAGCUUUGAAGAAGAGACUGGUAAUCCUCUUGACAUGACAUCAGGAAAUACAGGGGCCACAGUGAACAGAGAAAACAGCUGCCAGUCUGACAGCAGCGGGUUCCUGGAUGACCCACUGGAACCACUGCCCCUGCAGUUUCUCACACAGAUGCCUUCCUUGCCAAGCAGCCAGAGUCCUACUGAGAGUGGAUGUGGAAAGCCAAGGGAUCAGAGCCGGUGCUUAGUGCCGCCCCAGGACUGCCAACAAGAAUCGGGUGAGUCUGAUUCCAAGAGUCUGGUGAGCACAGCCUUUUCAAAUCAAGACUGCAGUGUCGUGGAAGAAAAGGCCUCAACAUCUACGGUGAAGAAAGAGUCUCCUUUUGAGGAUAUGGAGAAGCAACCAGAGCCGUUGACCCCAGAUACAGCCCUUGAUGAGACCACCAGAGGGGGAGAACACCCAAGGAAAGACAGCCAUCCGAGGCAGCACCUGCCUGUGCCCCAAACUGAAGAUGAGGCCAUGGUGGGCACACUUAGCUCCAGAUGUGGCUGUCCUCUAGGGUUUAUGGUGCCCCACCUCUCAGGUGUGAAGGAUGGGUUUCUGAAGCUUGAUGGAGCUGGGGAAACAUACGUGCAAAGCCACCACUGCAAAUCGCAAAGAUCAGCUGGAGUUGAUCCUGCUCACGACAAGCUCCUUCACAUAGACUCUGAGACCCCAAGAGGAGCAGAAAGCAGCAAAACCUAUACUGACCCCAACAAUACCUUACUGACAGGAGAAAGCCCACCACAGUAUGUCCCCAAGCCCAGUGAUGUCAUGUCCUGUCCAGUUGACCUUAUUCAAACAUCCGAAAAGUUUUUUCCCUACCUAGAUAAACUGGCUGGAGAUACUCCCCAAGCAAAGCCACCAUGUAGUGCUUUGGGUCAAAUAUCACACAGCACAGAAUCUGAGAUGGGAAAGCUUCCUCCGAAUGCUGACUCAAACACUGUUGGUUCCAAGUCUGUGACAAUCCAGAUGUCCUCCAAUCUGGCAUCAGCAGCUCAGAAUGCUGUGGCUUUGGGGACUUAUUCUAGAGGAACAACUUUAGAAUGCACUAUGUGUGACCCUGCUCCCACAACAGAACGAGGACUGGAGACAAAAUCAAGACAGUGCCGUGAUGUUUCUGUUCAGACCAAUAUAUGUGAGCCUGGGCCCUGGCAUUGCUGCUCAGCUCCAAGUAACAAGGCCCGGCGCCUCACCAAAUCCGUCUCUCUAGACACAGGCUUCCCUUGUAUCUGCCCAGCGGGCAGCUGCCACGCUGUACCCACCCCCUGUUGUGUCUGCUGUCAUCACCAUCUCCACUGCCAUUCGGAGAGGCAGAGCGCCGGCCCUAGGCCCUCAGCCUGUAGGCACUGCUCAUGCUCACACAAUCAUCUGGAAGCCCAGCUCAUGAAGACUUUGAACGUCCUUCAGGACUCUGCGGUGAAGGAGCUGUGUUCUUGCACAGUCCACGAGAUGGAAACGAUGAAGACGGUGUGCCAGAGUUUCCGGGAGCAUUUACAGGAAAUUGAACAGCACCUUACAGGACAGCAGGCACUCUUUUGCAGGGACAUGUCAGAGGAGGAAAGGGAGGAGGCCGACCAGCUGCAGACUCUCCGCUGGGCCCUGCGGCAGCAGGUCAAGGAGCUGGAGUUUCAAUUAGGAGACCGGGCUCAGCAAAUCAAAGACGAGAUUCUAUCGCAGCUUGAGCGUCUCACAGAGGAACAACCUGAACACUACCCAAACCUGCAUGACUGGAACUGGACAGAAGAAAAGAGUGGCCAGACUUCAAGUGCUAAAAUCGACCCAGCCAUGGCCCCCUGGGCUGCCUUUCCUCCCCACGAUGGCCAGCAGGCUCCCAGCUCAAGGGUGACCCAUUCGGCUGCCGUUUCUCCACGCACCUUGGACAGCAGCACCAGGAUGUCUCCUCCAGCUGAGGUAGGGUCAGGCCCAGCCCCUUUGUCAAAUUGUCCUAUUGGAGAAAAGCAUACGAACCGAUCCUCUAGGCCGGAGUGGUUUUGAAGAACUUCCUACCAAGUGUAGCACAUUCUAGCUAGACAAGGAAAUCUAGAUUGCCCCCAAAAAGUGUCUAUCAACCGUUCUUCAGCUAUUUUUUAAAGUAUUCUACUCUGUGCUUCAACCCAAGAGAAACUCAAUAUUUCAAUAUUUAUUCAGUACAGAAUAAGUGAGCACCCACUAUGUGCUUGGCACAGGGAAUUCAUGGUGGCCAAGAUAGAUGCCUCUCUCUCUAGGUAUAAAUGAUAGACAGUCUUUGCCCUGCAGAAAUGGAGAGUCUACUGGGGGAGAUAGAAUAUGGGCACAUAAAGAAAUAUGGACUUGAAAUCUGUGGAAGAGCUUUGAAGGAAAUCACAGCAUUUUUUAAAGAGAACAUAGCAGGGAGUCUGUUUGAGAUCAAGAUGUCAGGAGGGUCUGAUUGAGGAAGUGACAUCAGAAGAGGGAAAGAAAAUCCAGACCCCAGAAGGAUCAGACUGUCCAACAGCCUGAGGCAGUUGGCCCCUGGAAGCAUUGAUAAAGCCCCUACCAGGUGCCAGGAGACCCUCGAAUGCUAGAGACAGCUGUGACCAAGGCAGACAUUCGACUCGUAAGGAGUUCGAUGGGGAGCGAAGAAAAUAAGAACAACCAACAAGAUCAUUUCAAUAUCGAUAAAUGCCAUGGAGAAGACAGUGUGGGAACACGGUAGGGGGUGGUGUGGAAGAAAAGUGUACAGCAUUCCUGAGGGUGACAGGCAAGGCCUUGCUGAAAGGAGGCUAUUUGGCUAAGACCUGAAUGGGGAGGAAGAGGAAGUCAUGUGAAAUUCUGGAAACCUUUAAAGCAGAAGGAAUGGAAGGUUUGAAAGCCCUGAGACAGAAUCAGCCUGAGUUGCUGAGCACGAGUGAUGGGAGUGUGGAGGGAGAGGAAGUCCAGGGGCCGACUAUAUGCCGGACUCUGAGAGCCACGAUCCUUCUUCCAUGUGGAAGCCGUUACAGGCUUUAAGCAGGAUUGUCAUAUAGUCUGGUUUACAUUUAAAAAUCACUCUGACUGCCUGUGGGGAACAUGCCCUUGGGGACUUGCAGCUAGGCAGCGCUCCCGGGGACGAGGCUGUUGGUGUAAUCCCUGCAGUGAGAAGCAAAGUGUCAUGUUGCUUCCAUGCAGCCGGGGAGGCUUGGGAGCCCCCCAAUCCACUGAAAUGCAGGAUGCACUGGCAGUCUUGAAGUACUGGAGGAAUUCUAAGGAAUGGGGAGUGAAUGAAGAAUGGACUAGUCAGAAGAACUUCAUGCCAAAAGUAAUCCCUUGAGGGAAGUUAUAAUGUGUAGGCGAUGGGCCAAUGGACGUCACUUCCUAGCAAGGAAACUAAGAAGUAUUUCUUUUGAAACUAGCCACUGCCAGAAUGGACCUCCAAGCCUAUCUCAUGCUUCAUCCUUCUUGCUUUUUGGAAACCCUCUGGCUUCAGUGGAACCCUCCUACCCUCGGGACCAUCCCACAGUUUCCUCCGUUGAGCACUUUCUCAGAGUGUGAACAUCCCCCCUCCAUCCUUAAUUCUCUUCUUUUUCUCUCUCCACACCAACUUUCCAAAUAUAUGCAGUCUCCAGGCACCUCCGUCUCUAGUUCCUGCCCUCUCCAGAAUUCCUGCCCAACAUUCUCUAUUCUCUAUAACAUAUUUUCCCCUGGAAGACUUGCCUGUAUGUCUCACUCAGCAUCUAACACUGAUCCUGUCAUUUCCCUGAAUCAGUUCAUCUUCAUCAUACUUUCUGUCCAUGACAUUGUCAUUCUUGUUGUGUAGACUCAGAACCACAAAUUCACAUUGUCUCCUCAUCCUCCCUCAUCCUCUUCCCUCAGAAUCAGUUAUCACAUCACUGCUGAGGGUCCUGCCACAAUGUCAUUCCCAGAAGUCCCUUCAGAACCUAUUACUUGUGAAGACCCAACUGAAGGGCCUCCUGACUGGCUCUAGCUUCCUUCCCUCUGAGCUGUACUGGCCUCUGCCAAAGUGGUCUCCCUUGGGCAUCACUUGGGUCAUAUUACCCUGGCCUAGGGUGAGUAGCUGGGGAGUCCUUUUAGGCUAUCCAGAGAAUUAGAAAGAAGUCACAGGAUCAUCCUUCCCAGAGCAGGCUUUCACCAAACAGCCUCUGUGCCCUGCAAUUAUUAUGCCCCUCUCCUUAUCUCCUGCUGCCUCAUUUCCCUUGACCACAUCCCUAUGUUGGCUCCUGCAUCAUGGUUCAGCUUCCAGCCCCAACUUGGCUCCUGAUAUAUUGCAUUUGUACCCCCAAAUUGCUUCCCUUUCUAAACUUUUUCAACUUUUUACUCGCCCUGGGUCAGACUCCAGGCUCCUUUGUUUACCUCCAUUUCUCCAAUGUAAACUUUGAAAAAGUUUGCCAUGGUUUCUGCAGAUGACUUCAGAUAUGAUGGAGGAGGAAAAGGAGACCUAUUGCCUUCAGAUGAAGGGUAGCAUAUGGACUCCCCAAGGAUCACUAAACAUCUCAUGCCAUUUCCUUCUUUAUUCUCCAAACUCUCCAACAAAGAGCGCAAAAGGGGAACCAAGAUGCCCAUCCCACCCAGAACCUUUGCUGUCUUCAGCGCAUGAUGACCUGAUUGCCAACACUACUUCCAAAUACCAUCUUCUGUAGUUCAUGCCCUUCUUCCCCUAGACGUGAAACCUCUAGACGCCCAGCCCACCUGGCGAACUAUGGAUUAACUGCUAGUGUCCCCAGCGGUUCUCUGUCCUGAAUACCCUUCAGACUCACAGGGGAGCUUUAAAAAACACUGACAUUGAAGCCGCACCCCAGAUCAAUUAAACCAGAAUCCCCAGGGAUGGGAUCCAGGUACCUGCAAAUUUUAAAAGAUCCCCAGAUGAUUCCAAUAUGCAGUUAAAAUUGAGGAUUGUUGUUCUAGAUGAAGAGGCUACCAUAUAAUUCAACUGUUCCUGUUGUUUUCUAAGGGUUCUCUUUUAUUUCCCAUUUUUCUUUCUGUACCACCCCUCUCAGCUGAGGGAGUCUUUCACAAUUCAUUGACAAUCACCAAAUAACAAA